UGUCAGUUCACUUGUGCUAAGCUUUCUCAAAACAUGAGUUGGUUAAGUUUUUAAGUUAACCAUUUUUUACCGUUAAUACCUUCAAUUGAUUUAUAUUUUUAUAAUGUGAGAGUAUUUAAGCAUUAACCAAAUAUUUGAAUGUAAAGUCGAUUAAAAAUUGUUUCUAAUUUAUUUGCUCUUUGGAUUACAAUUGUGUUUCAAUCGUUCAACACUCAUAUUCCUGUGUCGAUCUUUUGCUGUUCAGUGCUUUGUGAUUUCUGUUUGAGAUCUUUUUACUUGAUAAUUUUACUUUUGUGUAACAACAAUGAUUACGCUAAUCCACAUCAAUGGUCCAUCAUCAAACAAUACUUCAAGUUCACCAACAAUAGAGUCAGAAGAUGAAGGUUUUUCGGAAAAUAAUCCGUUAACCGGUGUAACAAUUAAAGGACCUUCCGGGAGUGUUAGAGGAAUUAAACAUUGUGUCCGUCAAAGUAUCCAAAGUUACUACGAGAUUAUCACUAAUUUGGAAACGAAAACUCGAAACUACCAAAAAGAGGAGAAAAACAAAUGCGUCCUUUACUCAACGACAUUGGGAAUUGUUCGGUCAACCUUUGAAAAUUGUCGAGUUAUGCGCAACAUUUUGUACCAAAAUUUAAUCAUGUACGAAGAACGUGAUGUUUAUAUAAACGGAGACUUUAGAGAUGAACUUAUCGAAAGACUGGGCCAACUUAGGAUACCUUCACUAUUUGUUGAAGGUAAAUAUUUAGGGGGCGUUGAACUGGUUGAGAAGCUCAACGAAUCUGGUAAAUUGUUGGAAAUUUUGGAAAGCUACAAGAUUCCGGCCUCGGCUUCGGCUCGAUACUUUCAAGUUUGCCCUUGUUGUGGCAAUGCUCGCUUCAUCCCGUGCAACACCUGUAAUGGAUCCAAGAAAUCGUUGAUUCACCAUUUCACUUCGGAUUCAAUUACAUUGCGCUGUUCUCAAUGUAAUGCCACUGGUUUGGUUAAGUGUCCAAAAUGCGAUCCAAAAGGCACAUAACAUUGAACCGAUUCUAAUCACUAAUCAUAAUUCAUCGUCAUCUUCAUUUGAUUAAAAUUCAUACUUUUCGCUGUUCCUUUACAAUUCAAUUUCCUAUUCAAAAUGGUUUACUCGACAAAUUGACACUUAUAUCGAUGGAUUGGACCACAUUUUUGCCGUAAAAGUAAACCAAAGAAGCCUUCAUCUUGUACAUUCAAUAAUUUGAUAUCAAUUAGAAAUAUGAUUUAUAAAUUGCUAUUAUUAUUAAAUCUGUUUUGUUUGUCUGUUAA